AUGUUGAAGCGUAGUGAUUAUGAUAAGAAACAAACAAUAAGUGGCUUAAAGUCCUUUAUCGCUGGAGGUUGUGGUGGUGUUUCUUGUGUGAUUGUUGGUCAUCCUUUUGAUUUAAUCAAGGUAAGAUUGCAAACAGCCCCAGAGGGAGCUUAUAAAGGAAUGAUGGAUGUAGUAAAACAAACAAUUAAAAUGGAUGGACUGCGCGGAAUAUACAGAGGUAUGGGUCCACCACUUGCGGGAGUAACACCAAUUUUUGCUAUAAGUUUUUGGUCUUAUAAUCUUGGAAAGAAAAUAAUGUACUCAUUGACACCAAAUCGUCAAUCACAAGAUUUAAGUCUUGUUGAGAUAAUGGCAGCAGGUGCUAUUUCAGCGGUACCAACAACUUUAGUGAUGUCACCAGUGGAAAGAAUUAAAGUGUUAUUACAAGUGCAAGGACAAGCCACCUCACAAACAAAAUAUAGAGGUCCAUCGGAUGUAAUUAAAGCAUUAUAUCGGGAAGGGGGUAUUUCUAGCAUCUAUAGAGGUGCAGGUGCCACCUUACUACGUGAUGUACCUGGUACUGCUGUUUAUUUUGGUGCUUAUGAGUUGACUAAACGAUUGUUAACACCUAAAGGAUCUAAUUCAUUAAACCCGCUCGCUACUUUAUUUGCUGGUGGUAUGGCUGGAGUUGCAAUGUGGUCAAUUGCAAUUCCACCAGAUGUAAUAAAAUCAAGGUUGCAAUCAGCACCAGCCGGCACAUAUAAAGGUUCAUUGGAUGUGUUGCGUCAUUUACUCAAACAUGAUGGACCAUCUGCACUAUUUAAAGGACUUAGUCCUGCUUUGCUUAGAGCUUUUCCUGCUAACGCAGCUGCAUUCUUGGGUUAUGAAGCAAGUUUAUUGUAG